UCAUAGAACCUAUGUGAUAGGAAAUUUUCUGUUUAAUUCGAUGUUAUAUGUUUCCCUUAAUUGCCAAUAUUUGGCCGGUGCUCGCUCGAUGCACAACUCGAGGAAUUAUGUAUUUUCCACUGGCAGACGCCUGCUCUGCGCAGCACGCUCAAGGCUCGCUAACGGAUUUGCCAUCGACGAAUGUUCAUUUCAUCGAGCUGCAGUUCAGCUUUCGCGUAAUAGGAAACAUGAAACAAAUGUAUCGGCGCUUUUUAAGCCGGUGCAAGUGCAGGCCAAUGUAGAUGACGAUGACGUGGGAUCUGAGUUGGUAGGCAAACUGGAAAAGUCCGAAUUGUUGAAGAUUCUGAACAAAUUUGCGCAACGUCGUGAAAUCAAAACACUUUGCAGCGAGAAUGGACUGGAUUCUUAUCUACAGCAGCAGGCCUUUGGCUCAUUUCGGCGCUACUGCAUUGAGGCUGAAAAUCUUCCAGUUGACGUCCACAUAACUUUCAGCGACAUAAUGCAUGGGGCCGGCCACAUUGACGACAUCUUUCCCUACUUUUUGCGCCAUGCGAAAACCAUGUUUCCCCAUCUCGACUGCAUGGAUGAUUUGAAAAAGAUAUCUGAUUUGCGCCAACCGGCAAAUUGGUAUACAAAUGCCCGGGCCAUAACACGCAAGAUAGUUUUCCAUGCCGGACCCACAAACUCUGGAAAAACAUAUCAUGCGAUGGAAAGGUAUUUGAGCGCCAAGUCGGGUGUCUAUUGUGGACCACUUAAGCUGCUCGCCACAGAGGUUUACAACAAGGCCAAUGAACGUGGGACACCGUGUGAUCUUGUUACUGGAGAGGAGCGCAAGUUUGGUAUCAGUGAAAAUUCGCCAGCAAAUCAUGUGGCCUGCACCGUUGAAAUGACCUCAGUGAAUACGCCUUAUGAAGUCGCUGUCAUUGAUGAAAUACAACAGAUACGUGAUCAACAGCGUGGAUGGGCUUGGACACGAGCCUUCCUGGGUCUGAUUGCCGAUGAGGUGCACGUCUGCGGGGAAGCAGGUGCUCUGGAGUUGCUGGAGAAGAUAUGUGAAACCACUGGCGAAACGGUCGAGGUCCGUCGAUACGAUCGCCUCACCGAGCUAACGGUUGAAAAUUCAGCUCUGGGUUCUUUAGACAAUGUUAUGCCUGGAGAUUGUAUUGUUUGCUUUAGUAAACAUGAUAUCUAUACUGUUUCUCGAGAAAUUGAAGCGCGUGGCAAGGAAGUUGCUGUUAUCUAUGGCGGUUUGCCACCGGGCACAAAACUCGCACAAGCUGCCAAGUUCAAUGAUCCUGCAAACAGCUGCAAAGUAAUGGUGGCCACCGAUGCUAUAGGAAUGGGCUUAAAUCUAAGCAUUCGUCGCAUUAUUUUCUACUCGUUGGUUAAGCCCACAAUGAACGAACGUGGCGAACGUGAGAUCGAUACGAUUUCUGUGUCUUCUGCCCUUCAAAUAGCUGGUCGUGCUGGUCGCUAUCGUACCGAAUGGGAGCAUGGCUAUGUGACAGCCUUCAGAUCUGAAGAUUUGCAGACUCUGCAACGUAUUCUAAGUCAGACGCCAGAACCUUUGAAAAAGGCUGGUCUCCAUCCCACCGCUGAUCAAAUAGAGCUAUACGCUUACCAUUUGCCAAACUCAUCAUUGAGCAAUCUGAUGGAUAUAUUUGUGAAUCUCUGUACUGUUGAUGAUUCCCUUUACUUUAUGUGCAAUAUCGAAGAUUUCAAGUUCCUUGCAGAGAUGAUAAAUCACGUACCGCUGCCACUGCGAGCACGUUAUGUUUUCUGCUGUGCGCCCAUCAAUCGCAAGAUGCCUUUUGUGUGUUCCAUGUUCUUGAAGAUCGCCCGGCAAUAUAGUCGCAAUGAACCCAUAACCUUUGAUUUCAUUAAAAGAAAUUGUGGUUGGCCGUUUAAGCUGCCUAGAACUAUAUUGGAUCUAGUCCAUUUAGAAUCCGUGUUCGACGUCAUGGACUUGUAUUUGUGGCUAAGCUAUCGAUUUAUGGAUCUGUUUCCUGAGGCAGCCAACGUGCGCGAGGCCCAAAAAGAGCUCGAUGAGAUUAUACAGCAGGGCGUUUUUCAGAUAACUCGCCUGUUAAAGAACACAGAGGCUGGUCAGGAAAGCGAAACACCGAACUUCCAGAUGCGUCGCAUGACUCAUAUAAAGGAGCCACGACUGCCAAGCUCAUCGCGUGGACGUCUAACGGAAAGACUCUUAGCGCAAGGUCUACUAACCCCUGGAAUGCUCAGUGAGCUGCGUAAAGAGUGGGAUGCACAGCAGCAUACACAGCCACAGGCAAUAGCCAGUUCGAAAGACACUCAGGACGUUGCCACAGACAGCGACGAUGAUGACAGUUAUGCGGCAAAUACAAAAAAGACUCGACGAAAGCGCAAAAAGUAGUAGACACAGUAGAUGGAUAUAAAGUGUUAGGUAACAUUGGUCGUCAUUAGAUCGACGUGUCUGUUGUUUGUUAUCAUUUUAUUCUGUAAGUCACAAUUAUGUAAUAUUA